AUGAAUUUCUCAUCUUUGAACUCGUCGUCAACACGAGGUCACCUUGUCGACGUCCACACGAUUCCACCUCAGUGUCAAGUCAAAUAUAAGUCCGCUUUCGCUUCGAGUAAGCACGAUCACCUCAUCGUCAAAAUGAGUCCACCUCGGUCUCGUCAAUUAAGCUCUGCCUCCUUGCCGCAUUUUCACCUCAUCGCAUCAUCUGUUCGUCGUGCCAUCACGCCACCAUCGCUAGCUUUACCUCGCCGUUGCAUCGAUCAAACUUCGCUUCGCCGUCGCAUCAAUCAAGAUUCGUCUGGCCGUCGCGUCACCUUCACAAACUUCGUUUCGCCAUUGCAUUGA